AUGAAGGGAAGUCUCUCGGAAAAAGACUUUGAAGACGAAUUUGCAGAUGCACCUGGAGAUAUACGCAACACCAGAUCUAAUUGGCAGGUAAUAAGAGCUGCUGUUAUUGCUGCAGUUGCUGCUGCUGUUGCUGUUGUUGGUGGUGUUGCCGUUGAUGCACUUGUUCUCGUUGAUGCCGCUGGUCAUGCUAUUGUUUGCGCUGCUGCUUUUGUUUCGGCUUACGUUGAUCUUGCUGUUUAUGCUGCCAACACUGCUGUUGGUUUUGUCAGUGCUGCUGGUCUUUUCGAUGCUGCCGGUGCUACUAUUUUCGCUACUGCUGCUGAUACCACUCAUGCUGCUCUUGGAGCCGUUGCUUUUGUUGGUAUGCUGGUCUUGGUAGCGUGCGAGCGCUCUUUGCCUCAAGGGGUGGGGAGAGCAGCGCUGCGGAUAGAAGCUGCAUUAUCGCAGCAGCAGUUUCAUCAGCAGCAAAUGAUAUACAGAAACUAUAAGGCAGUCGACUUUGGAGACGAAAACCUGCCAAGAUCCCCAUCUGACAGAGCCGUUGGCUGUAUCUGCAUUGAAUCUGCCACGGAUGAGGAGGUGCCGCAGGAGGAGCGGCAGGCCUCCGACUCGGAGGGUGAAGAGGAGCAGCAGGGUGGAGUUGUUCGGCAGCAGCUAAAGGAGUUGCUGGACUUUGACGGGCGGCAUCUCUCAGGAGGCCAAGGCGUGAGGGCACUGGCCUAUCACCCUAUUCACCGUGAUACUCUCUGUGCUGCUUUAAGCUCUCCGCCUUGUAGCAUUGAUGCGCCGCGGUCGGGGCAGCUGCAGCUCUGGUCCAUUGCCAAUCCCCUCUAUCCUCAACGCACCAUUAGCUGCAAGUCAGGUGUCACGACACUUGGAUUUGGCUCUCAGCAGCCCAACCUUCUUGCAGGUAAAGAGAACAGCAGCAGCAACAACAAGGGAGGUGGGAUGGUGGAUGGGGGGAUUGGCAUUUGGGAUUUGCGACUUCCAAAGGAUCAGCCGGUGCUGCACAGCGCGGGCUCAGAGGGCGCAGCGGGCUGCCAGCAUACAGACACCGUGUGGGACUUGCAGUGGCUCUUACGGGAGGGCACUGAGGGGCUGCUGUCUACCGGAGGAGACGGGCAGGUGCUGCAAUGGAGGCUUGUGAACUGCGUCGUCAUGAACGUGCGACGGACUCCCAACCCGUCUGCGCUGCAGCUCACUGGGCCCCGCAAGGAGGCCCCCAAGGCACAUCUUUUUCGUUAUUCUGCAGGGUUGUCUUUGGAUUUGGCUAGAGGAGAAGACAGCAGCAUUUAUUUUGUUGCUGCUGAUGAUGGAGUUGUCCACAAAUGCUCCCUAAACUACAACGAGCAAUUCCUUUCCACUUACUAUGGACACAAGGGGCCUGUAAAGACAGUGCGCGUGAGUCCCUUUUCUCCGCAUUUUCUGCUGACGGGCUCCGCCGACUGGACUGUGCGCCUUUGGGCUGUUGGCCGCCACCAGGAAGAAAGUGAAGUAUUUGCGUCGACGGAGAGCCCCAGCGCAGUGAUGGACGUCUGCUGGAGCCCUUACGACUCGACAGCGUUUUGCUGCGUGUUCAACAACGGACGCAUUGAGCUGUGGAAUUGUAGCGAUCAAACUGCAGAUCCUGCAGCAGUUCUAUAUCCUUCCUUUGGAGGGGAGCGGGUAGCUCGGCAGCUGACGCAGAUCAGGUACGCACCUUGUGUGCCUGUGGUGGUGGUGGGGGACGAGGAGGGCCGUCUGUCGCUCAUUAGCAUUCAAGAAGAAGAAGUUCCUGCAUACUCGCGUCAGGAACAGCAAGAUAGACUCGAGCAGGCAUUUCAAUGCCGAGCUAGUCAGCAACGGGGAGAGACGCUUGCAGGCCACUCCUCCCUCUAA